UAUUGAUCAAUCCUCCCUACCCUUAAGCUUGUCAUCACAACCACCAACUCACAAGGCCAUACAUAAUUUCACAAGUAGCUAGCUAGCCAGCAGCUGCCCUGAGAAUUGAACUGAGAUGGCGGCGGCAUCAGUGGUUGUCGAGGCUGCACUCGUCACCUCGGUGUUCCAGCCAGGGAAGCUUGCAGUCGAGGUGACCACGGUCGAUCACGCCGCCGUGCCAACACCGCCGAUCCCGAUCCUGAUCGUCGCUCCAAAGGAUGCCGGAACAUACCCCGUGGCCAUGCUCCUGCAUGGCUUCUUCCUCCAGAACCGCUUCUACGAGCAGCUCCUCAAGCACGUUGCCUCUUUCGGCUUCAUCAUGGUUGCACCCCAGUUCCACACCAGCCUCGUCUCCAACGGUGACACCGACGACAUCGCCGCGACAGCCAAGGUCACCGACUGGCUCGCCGAGGGGCUGCCCUCCGUCCUCCCCACAGGUGUGGAGCCCGACCUUUCGAAGCUCGCCUUGGCCGGCCACAGCCGAGGCGGCCACACGGCGUUCUCUCUAGCCCUGGGGCACGCCAACACAAACCUCGCCUUCUCCGCGCUCAUCGGCCUCGACCCGGUUGCCGGCACCGGCAAGUCUUCGCAGCUCCAACCGGCCAUCCUCACCUACGAGCCCUCCUCUUUCGACAUUGCCAUGCCGGUCCUGGUCAUCGGCACCGGGCUGGGUGACGACAAGGAGAACAUACUCUUCCCUCCCUGUGCCCCCGAGGGUGUCAACCACACGGAGUUCUACGACGAAUGCAAGCCGCCAUGCUACCACCUUGUGACCAAGGACUACGGGCACCUCGACAUGCUGGACGACGAUGCUCCCAAGUUGGUCACCUGCCUCUGCAAGGAAGGGAACAGCUGCAAGGACGUGAUGAGGAGGACCGUUGCCGGGAUCAUGGUCGCCUUCUUGAGGGCCGUGCUCGGAGAGGAAGAUGGUGGUGAUCUCAAGGUCAUACUGAAACAUCCGGGGCUCGCACCGACCACGCUGGACCCCGUUGAGGAGCGUUUGGCAUGAGCAGCAGCAGAAUCGAUCAUAUUGUAUAAUUCAUCAUACUGAUAAAAUUCACUUAAUCUGUUAAGCUACAUGAAUAAUUUGUUUUUGUAAGUCCAAAUCAUAAUCAAUGAAUAAAUUUGGAGGGUUUUUCUUCUA